CUCGGGGCGGGCCUGCCGCCCUCCCGGGACGCCGGGACCGCCGGGGCGCCGCGCGCUCGCCCACUGGCCCGGCGAGGCCGAAGCGGAGCCCCGGUGCCCGGCGAGCGGAGGGAGUUCCCAGACUCUGUGACAGAAAGAGGUACAGCCGACAUCUCCACAUCACAAUGGCUGAGGCCACGAUUACCAUGCAGAGCACCUGCCCACAAGCUCUGCACAGGCCCUGUCCAGCAAGGAGCUGAGGCAAGAAGCACAGGAGUCUCGUUGAAUGGCUGACAUCUGACAACAUGCACCACCAGUGGCUUCUGUUAGCCGCCUGCUUUUGGGUGAUUUUCAUGUUCAUGGUGGCCAGCAAGUUUAUCACCUUGACCUUUAAAGACCCGGAUGGGUACAGUGCCAAACAGGAGUUUUUGUUCCUAACAACUGUACCGGAAGCAGGGAAGUUGCCGGAAGAGAAGCAGUUUCCUGAGGAGCUGCAGCAGGUGACCGGGCAGAUGCUCCCCGGGAGCCGGCCUGAUCCACCCCUGGUCUAUCUGGAGCGCCUGGAGCUCAUGAGGAACGUGUGCAGGGACGAGGCCCUGAAGAACCUCUCGCACGCCGCCGUGUCCAAGUUCGUCCUGGAUCGGAUAUUCGUCUGCGACAAGCACAAGAUUCUUUUCUGCCAGACUCCUAAAGUGGGCAACACGCAGUGGAAGAAAGUGUUGAUCGUCCUCAACGGAGCAUUUCCUUCCAUCGAAGAGAUCCCCGAACACGUGGUCCAUGACCAUGAGAAGAAUGGCCUUCCCCGUCUCUCUUCCUACAGCAGAGUGGGAAUUCAGAAGCGGUUAAACACAUACUUCAAGUUUUUUAUCGUGAGAGAUCCUUUUGAAAGACUGAUUUCCGCCUUUAAGGACAAGUUUGUUCACAACCCCCGCUUUGAGCCCUGGUACCGGCACGACAUCGCCCCCAGCAUCAUCAGGAAGUACCGGCGGAACCACACGGAGACCCGGGGGAUCCAGUUUGAAGACUUUGUGCGCUACCUCGGCGAUCCACACCACAGGUGGCUAGACCUUCAGUUUGGGGAGCACAUCAUCCACUGGGUGACGUAUGUGGAGCUCUGCGCUCCCUGUGAGAUAAAGUACAGCGUGAUCGGACACCACGAGACUCUGGAGGAGGACGCCCCGUACAUCCUGAGGGCAGCCGGCAUAGACCGCCUGGUGUCCUACCCCACCAUCCCCCCGGGUAUCACCGUGUACAACAAAACCAAGGUGGAGCACUACUUCCUGGGCAUCAGCAAACGAGACAUCCGGCGCCUGUACGCACGUUUUGAAGGGGACUUUAAGCUGUUUGGGUAUCAGAAGCCAGAUUUUUUGCUAAAUUAAUACCUAGGACCAAUGAAUUUACUUUGUUAGUCCAGGGGCUAAUGAGGUGGAGAUCUGAGGACAGAAAUGACCCUUGCUCUGUCACACCCCUCCUAAGCCCCUCCCCAUUCCCCUGUGGUCCAGUGAAUGGAAGGUGCUAGAUCCUGAAUGCUUAGCUGAGAUGUCACCUGGAUGCCACUGGCCUUUUCCUCCGUGGAGGGGAAGAAGACAAGUGCAGUCUGUCAGCUGAACUUGGGGACCACAGCUCAGCCUCAGGGGCUGCUUCCCUCUGCUGUUACUGGCCCUUGGCCUUGACGCUCUCCUGGCUGGGGGAGGACGUGGUGCCCGUGCCCGGCGAUGGCAAGAAUGGCUCCCGGCGGCACCUUGAAGAGGGACAGGCAAGCUGAGGGACUGCCCGAGUCUCCAGGGCCCGUGCUGGAUCCAUCCGAGCCAUCAAAAGGACUCCUUGCCUUUUAUCUUGUCACGACGGUAACCGUGGAGGCCAGUCAGACUUCUGUGACCAUUGAGUCCUCAUGGCAUUUGCUGAUGACCACAGGAUGGGUCCAGCGGUUCAUCAUCGGAGAUCCCACGCCGGGCAGUGCUGGCCACCACAUGCCUGUGUCGUGCAGCACAGGACAGAGUUUUAGAGAGCAAGAGGAGUGGAAGUGCUACCUGGGAAGGAGGACACUUUUAAUGUAGCCUGGUAGAGGAAGUAGUGGCAGGUCUGGGAGCAGGUUUGGGUACCUCCCUUCUGACCCAUCCUGUCCCUUAUCUUUGACUGUCCAGCCUGGGUGGUCCUUCACUUCCCUCACCAGCCUGCACUAUUCUCAGAAGAGAGACCAGACUGAUGGGCCAACCAGGAGGAAACUGCACACGGACUAGCAAGGGCAGCAUGCCAGCGUACGGAACUCAGCAUACAUUUCCACGUCUUUCAUCUCAGCAGACCCAUUUCUACAAUGCCACCAUUCUGGACUGAAUGGCUUGAAGUUGGAUAACCAAGUUCACCAGCAAUAAAAUCCGAGGCCGAGGCAGCCUCCGAGAACAAGUCUUCCAGGCAGUGAGACUGGCACCCCCCCUCCUCUCCCCCCCCUCCCGAGCAUGGAGCCGCAGCGACCGUUUCAGAUGCUGGGAGAGGUGACUGACCCAUCAACUUCCCCGAGUGAGUCCCUGGAACUCACAUCUCCAGUGUCAACCAACCCAGCACUGCUGUGAAUGAGCCAGCUUCUCUGAAAAGGCAGCCUCAGCCUUCCUAUUCCCAAAAAGGCUUCCUGAAUUUAUCGAUAUGAAAGUCAAAAGAAAUUUCCAAUAUGUGCCAAACAUGACCUCUGUUGCAAGGACCGCGUGUAACCCCUGAGACAGAAACACGGACAGUAGUGAGGCUCACCCCUCCAUCCUCAACUGACACACCAAGGAUGUAACACUGAGUUAUUUUUCUAUACAGAGUUUUAGCAAAGCCUUGUUAAAAUCAUUUCAGACCCAAUUGAUUGACUCUUUCCUCCUUGAAAAGGAACUGCAUAACGUGUAUGAAUUUAAGGCCUUAAGGUUAGCCCUAAUUAAAACAUUUUCUCUCAGAAACAAAA